AGUGGAGAGAGAGAGAGGGAGGGAGGGAGAUAGAAGAGAGAAAGAGAGAGAGAGAGAGAGGAGGGGGCAGCGUGGCCGGGGGAGGGCUGUGCUUCGCUGUGGUGUGCUGUGUGUGUGUGCGCGCGCUCACUGUGGAGGUGAACAGCGCCUUCUAUCUUACAAGCAGAACGGAUCUACAGCCACCGAAAGCACCCAAACAACAAGGAACCCCUACUUCCUCUUUCUGCCAUUUCAUUGUUCAUCGGGCGAGCCACGACCCUGCCAGUGCGCUCGCCACUCGCCACCUCUCUGCCCUUUUGUCCAGCGCCUUUUGUUCCCAGCAUCCAUCUGUCCUCCAGCUCCAGAGAAGGAAACAGUCAGGCAUCUACAUCUUCCCUCCUGCAUGAUAGCUGAGUGUUGGUGCUGAUGCUGUAACUCCUGUGUGGAGCUCAAAACCCUGGUUAAUGCAGUGAAGAGUUCCAUUGGGAUUAAUACUCGUGAAGGUCGCCAGCCAUGGGGAACCUCAUUAAGGUCCUUGGCAAGGAUUUAGAGAACUGUCCACAUUUUUUCCUGGACUUUGAAAGGGGCUCAUGGGAAAUCUCCUGAAAGUACUGACUUGCACCGAACUUGAGCAUGGCCCAAUAGUUUUCCUUGACUUUGAACAUGCACAGCCCACGGAGGCGGAGACAGCCGUGUACAACCAGGUCAGCGCCGUUCUGGAGGAGGCUCACGGGAUUCUGGCCGAGCUGCAGUCGUAUAACGGAGCCGGUCAGGAGAUACGAGAAGCGAUACAGAAUCCAGGUGACUUAGCUCUUCAAGAGAAGGCCUGGAACGCAGUCUGCCCCCUGGUGGCCAAACUUAAACGCUUUUAUGAGUUCUCCCUGAGACUGGAGAACGCCUUGCGCAGUCUGCUGGAGGCCCUGACCAGCCCGCCCUACGCUCCCAUGCAGCACCUGGAGAGAGAGCAGGCUCUAGCUAAACAGUUUGCAGAGAUCCUCCAUUUCACACUCAGUUUUGACGAAUUAAAAAUGACAAAUCCAGCCAUUCAGAAUGACUUCAGCUACUACAGGAGGACUAUAAGCAGAAACAGGCUGAACAACCAGCAGCUCGAAGCAGAGAAUGAAGUAAAUAAUGAGAUGGCCAAUCGGAUGUCCUUGUUUUACGCUGAAGCCACGCCCAUGCUCAAGACUUUGAGUAACGCGACAACCAAGUUUGUGUCAGAGAACAAGACCCUGCCUAUAGAGGACACCACAGACUGCCUGAGCACCAUGGCGUGUGUGUGCAGAGUCAUGCUCGAAACUCCGGAAUACCGCUGUCGAUUCACCAACACAGACACCAUGCUGUUCUGUAUGCGGGUGAUGGUUGGCGUCAUCAUUCUGUACGACCACGUUCAUCCUGUCGGGGCUUUUGCCAAGACCUCCAAAAUCGAUAUGAAGGGCUGUAUCAAAGUGCUGAAAGAGCAACCAUCCAACAGUGUAGAGGGACUUCUCAACGCUCUGAGGUAUACGACGCGACAUCUAAACGACGACAGCACCUCGAAACAAAUCAGGGCCCUUCUGCAAUGAGGAAGGAGACGGAGGAGGAGAAGAAGAUGAUGAAGAAGAAGAAGAAGAAGAGAGGAACGAUGCACUUGGACAGAAGAGGACGCUGUUCAAGUGAAAAAUCUGUUUACAAAGAAGUGAAAUUAUGCCCAGGCUAGAAAACUGAUGGUAGAAGAAGAAGAAGAAACAAAUUAUAUAUAUUGUUGGCUGUCCAUCAUCCUGUCUCUCAUUUUGUAAAGUAAGAAACCAGAAAAGUGUCAGAAAAUAAAGUAUAGAUAUUUAUUGAAAAACAAGACUCAAAAUAGAUAGGACUUAAGAGGAAGCUAUAUCGCAAAAUUUAAGGUUGGGUCGUUAUUCCAGCGGUAGUCGAAAUAUUUUUGCACACACUUUGACAACAUCCGCCAUCCGUUUCUCGAAAAUUUGGAUUGUACAUGAACACGCCGCGCUCCCUCCCGCACACGCGAACUUAAAGCGGCUGAUCCGGGCGACUUUACGUAACGUAGUUUGUCGCGUCGUUUCGACAGGUGAAUAACGGAAGCAAUGUGAUGGAUAAACUCCGGAGAUUUGCUUCUACCUGCUCCCGUUUCUUUACCACAUCGGUGCAGUUGGAAAUCGCAGGGCGGGAGCUGGUUUUAAAGCGGACCUAUUGUGCUUGCGACGGGUUUAGUUAUGAUCUACGACACCCGGGAAUCGUUAGGUUAGAAUUUGGACAUUUUAAAUCGCAAUAUUCAUCUAAAACGACUUAAUAAAAUAAACAAAUCCGCUGAGUUGCGCGUUAGAAAACUGCUGUGUUCAAUGGGAACUGACGUCGCCGUAAACGUCAUCACUAGAAAGCGGCGCGUAGCUGUUAGCGCCCCCUAUGGAUAGCUGCAGAACACGCUAGCUAACCAAAACAACUACGCGACGCUGCUGAAUCCUACGAGUAUCAGCGGUUAAGAAAAUAAAAGCAAAAAAAGCAUUGGGCUUAUUUUAACAGACCCGUGGCGUACAUAGGUGGAGGUGAAAACGGGGAUUGAUCGGCAAAAUGGCGGCUUGAAAAUAAUCGAUUAAAGAAUAUUCGAACACAAAUCAAUCCUAAAACAACUUCCAGAGAGUCAACGAGAAGGAAACAACUAUAACACGGUGAAAAGCUCUGAAAAGUCCGUUUUGCAGAAUAGGUCCGAUUUAAAAACAGCGCGUCUUGCUCACAUCGCUCCAUUAGACCACACCCCCUGUCCACCCAUGGCACACCGCACUCACCAUCUCUCCAGGAUCGUAGUCUGGCUUUACUUGAACGUAAACUUGUCCCAUGGUGCUGAAUCGAUUAGACUUUCCAGUGUCUGUUUUUUUAGAUUUCAUAAUACAGCGACCAAUGUAUAAAGAGUGAACCAAGAGAUUAUAUUAAAGGUCCAUGUUACGCUGUUUUUCCUCAUCAAAAACAGACCUGGAGUUGCGUUUUUGUCUCAUUUACACAUGUUUAACACACAAACCCCGCAGAUUUACGCUGAGUUCUUUUCCUCUCAAACAGAAAACGCUCUGUUCCACCUUGUGAUGUCAUGAGGUAAUACAGGAAGUGCCGCUAAACUUCAUACACCUUCCAUUUCAGACCAGGAAUUGCCAAUCUACUACUGAACCAAAGCUAAAAAACGAGCUGUUAACUUGAAAACCACCACUUCAUGACAUCACAAGGUGGAACAGAGCGUCGGAGAUGUGCUCAAGCGUAACUCAAACACGUACGAACGAAACAAAACGCAACUCCCGCUACGUUUUUUGACGCGGUAAUGACAUUACGACGCGGCGUAAAGCUCCCGAGAGUCCGUUUUUUUGUUGCGUAAUAUGGCACCUUUAGCCGUUCUAGUCUCACUUUAGCGCACAAAUGGAUGUGUUUUGAGAACCCAUAGCACACUUACUUGAUCACACAGUGCCAAAAGGUGAAAGGUCAAGGCUGUUAAACGACACAGCUGAUGCAGAGGGGUCGACACACGACAGGAGCGGAGAGCUAACAUCGAAACAUGUGCAACGGUCAAACGGGAAGUGGAUUAUGAAAAGGUCAAAAGAUCACUGGAUGUCUAUAGCCCCUAGUCUAAGUUAUUUGAUUUUAUUUUGAUUCUCAUCUCAAGUCUGUAUAAACCUAUAGAUGGCAUGUUCUAAAAAGUCCUGACGAUGUAAAUAAGGUGUUUUUAUCAUUUUUAAUUGUUCAGUGAUGCUGAAAUUGGAUCCGUGUCGUCUCUCAGAACUUACCAUGCGUUCGGCUUGGACCAUCCGACUCGCCGUAGUUUCAGAAAUUCUGCGCCAUGAUGAACGAACCAAAGGGAGGGAGGGAAAGAGGGAGGGGCCCGGG